AUGGUGUUUACGCCUAAAGAGAAACAACCGCCAUCACUUGUAACAACCAAAGUUGUACAAAAUCAGGAAAAGAAAGCUAGAGCAGAUGUGGCCAGCCCUCAAGCAAUUAAGACAAAAGUUAAAGUCAAGAAACUAGAGAACAUAAAAUCAAAGAAGGGAGUUCAUGUGGGUAUUCCAACACAACCAAGGCGAAUACAUAUUUGUACGUCACCAAAAAUAUUAUUCCCCACAAUGCACAGUAUGACGAAUGGACAGAAGGAGUAUUUAUCAUCGAUUGGAUUUGCUCCCCUUUUAAAUAUAAAAGUAGAUGGGGUCGGCAUCACGAAUUGGGUAGUAUGCGGUCAAAAACUUUGA